AUGUGGCCUUCUAUCAGCGGCACUGCCAAUGCAACAGAAGUUGGUGGACUGGAUGCACAUUCAAUCUCUCCAGUGGAAAAGUGCACUGAGCAAACUGUAGCUGGUAAAGAGACCAAGCUCUACAGCUGUGCUGACUGCAGCUAUGAAACAACACGGAUUGAUGCUUUGAAGACACACAUUAGAACACACACUGGGGAAACACCAUUCAGUUGUAACUUCUGUGACUACAAAUGUGCUACUUUAGGUAAUUUGAAGAGGCACAUAAGAACACACACUGGUAAAAAAACAUUUAGUUGUAACUUUUGUAACUACAAAUGUGCUAUUUCAGCCAAUUUGAAGAGGCACAUCAGAACACACACUGGUGAAAAAACAUUUAGUUGCGAAUUUUGUGACUACAAAUGUUCUAAUUCAAGUGAUUUGAACACACACAUCAGAACACACACUGGUGAAAAACCAUUUAGUUGCGAAUUUUGUGACUACAAAUGUUCUAAUUCAAGUGAUUUGAAGAAACACAUCAGAACACACACUGGUGAAAAACCAUUUAGUUGCGAAUUUUGUGACUACAAAUGUGCUCAAUCAGGUGGUUUGAAGAGUCAUAUCAGACUGAAACACACUGCGGAAAAAGCCUGUGUGAAGAAAUAA